AUGGCUGAUGGAUUUGCCCGUUCGCUAGGCUACACUCCAAUACCCAAACGAAAUCCAAAAACCGAAAGACCAAAAAAAGCACUGCGAACCAAGUCCGAUAUGCCUCUUUUGAACGACAAUGAUGAGAAUGAAAAGGAUAAUCCUGAGCGAAGAGACGAUGAAUCUGAACCGUACGAAGACUUGAAUGAUGACAAUGAAACCACUACAGUAUCUUCCCCAUCGCCGAGUAUGCGACCUGCUACUGCGCACAGUAAGGCCGGUAACUGGUCAACUAUACUGUAUUAUUUAUUAUAA